AUGUCUUCCAACAAACUCGUGGAACACAAUGUUGCCGGCAUCGACAUGAGCGGCCUCUACCCCGCUCCUUUUCCAGACGAUGUGCCCAUUAUCGAGUUGAAAACCAUCUCGCUGGCUAAGCUUCUGGAAAAAGACCAGACAGAGACCCAGCGGAUGUUUGAAAUCUGUCAGGAUCCAGGAUUCUUCUAUCUAGACUUGACGGACCAUCCCGAAGGUCUGCAGAUGCUACGAGAUGUAGUAAGCUGUUGUCGACUCGGCCAGAGUAUUUUCCCCAAUAAGUCCAUGGAGGAAAAGAAAUCGUUCAAGACGAGAGAGCGGAUUGGAGUUUUUGACAUGGGCUACUUUACCAAAGAUGUUUUACCGGAUGGGGAACCUCGAUACAGUGAGACUAUUAAUAUUCCGAUGACGGAAAUGUUUUCUCCACCAAGCGAGCACGAGAAGAAUUUUCGACUUCCUCCCUGGCUGGCCCCGCACGUGGAUCUGUUUCGUACGACAAUGUCCCAAGGCAACAGACUAGCCAAUGUAAUAUUCAGCGUACUGGAAGACGCUCUGCAGCUGAAGACAGGGACCAUUACUUCUGCCCACCAGUUGGCAGACCCGUCGAGCGAUUUCCUGCGGCUGUUACGCUACACGGGCGUCAAGCCAGGCAAGACGGUUGACCAACUCACCUUUCCCGCCCACAAGGAUGCCAUUAGUCUCGCCAUUCUCUUCACCUGGCUGGGAGGCCUGCAGAUCCCUGCGCCCGACGCCACCUGGAUCGGCCCGGAAAAGGUGACCGAAGACAGCUGGAGAUGGGUUAAGCCGAUCCCGGGAACGGCAAUUGUCAAUCUGGGAGACGCAAUCGAGAUUCUAACGAACAAGGUGCUCAAGUCAGGUCUGCAUCGGGUGGUUCGGGCGCCUGGCAAGCAGGCGCCGUUUGACAAAUACAGUGUGCUGAUUGGAACUCGGCCCAACAAUCAGCUGCCAAUGGUUCCAUUCACAGACAGUCCGUUGAUCCCUGAGCAGACUGAAGAGCAGAGGAAUGCACCGGUGCUGACGAGUGAAGAGUGGGGAACAAGCAAGAUCUUGGGGCUGGAGAGACUGCUCAAGAAGCGUGAUGAGGACAAGGAGGUGUUGACUUUCAAGCAUUGACCAAUCCUGCCUACCUAGGCCCUAGUGAUAUUGAUGGUUAGACUCUUGCACGGCCCGAGCAGCGGCCCGGUCCAUAAUCGGUAG